UUUUCCUUCACUUUGAUGGCAAACAACUAACUAGAUUUCAGUUUCAGGCAGUGCUGCAGAAAGCCAUCAGUCAUCUUGACGUGGGGCAUCUUAAAUUCACUUCUCACUCUUUCAGAAUCGGGGCUGCUACUACGGCAGCUAUGAACGGUGUUGAUGCAGAGACCAUUAAGAGAUUUGGUCGAUGGUCAUCUGAUUGUUAUCUCCAAUAUAUAAGAAUGUAAACUGCUUCCAUAAUUAUAAUGACAAAUUGCGUAAUCGUUGUAGGUGUGUGGGUAGUUGGCGACAGCUACCUGGCCCGAGCGAGACCUGCGCUGGCGGACACCCUCGGCAGCAUGGGCCCGGUGGAGUGGCGUGUCAAGGGGGGCUGGAAAUGGCGCCAUUACAGGCCGGCAAUAGAUGAUCUGAUCGCCAACUCAGCCCGUCAACCCCGGAUCCUAGUAUUACACCUGGGCUCAAACGACCUCGGAGUCACCACCGGCCGGGAGCUCUUUGAGCAGAUCAUGGAGCAGCUACUCUACACUCGGUUGCGGCUUCCCCACACCAGGCUCCUGUGGUCCAAUAUGUUGCCGCGGUGUUGCUGGCGAUAUGCUAGAGAUAUUAAGUGUGUUGAACUUGGCCGUAAGAAGCUGAAUAGGCGUGUUGCCAAUCUUAUGAGGACAAUCGACGGUGAAGUCAUCCGCAACGACUUUAUCUACCCAGGUGUAGAUCACUACAUCAGUGAUGGGGUGCACUUGACUCCCGUCGGGUUGCACAUUUUCUGUGAUGACAUUCGCUGCAGCAUAAGUUCAUCAUAA